AGCUUCCGGUUGAAGUGUAAAUGGAUACAUGACACAGUUGUUUGGAGGAAAGCUAUCUUUUGGAAAACCGUUAACGUCUACAAAACUACCGACGUGGUUUUGACAUCGUAACGACAGUCCCGUGUAGAGUCGGCCGCGAUGGAGGCGGUUCCCCGUAUGCCGAUGAUCUGGCUGGAUCUGAAGGAGGCUGGGGAGUUCCAGUUCAGCCCGUCCGUCAGGCAGUUCAUCUUGAAGAAUUAUGGCGAGAAUCCGGACAACUACAACGAACAGCUGAAGAAACUGGAGACACUGCGGCAGAGUGCGGUAAAUGUGACGAGGGAUUUCGAGGGAUGCAGCACUCUGAGGAAGUACUUCGGCCAGCUGCAUUACGUCCAGAGCCGAGUACCCAUGGGAACGGGCCAGGAGGCUGCUGUACCCAUCUCAUGGACUGAAAUUUUCUCAGGAAAAACAGUCACUCAUGAUGACAUUAGCUAUGAGCAAGCCUGCAUCCUCUACAACCUUGGGGCCUUGCACUCCAUGUUGGGAGCCAUGGAUAACAGGGUAUCUGAGGAGGGGAUGAAGGUGUCGUGUACGCACUUCCAGUGCUCGGCGGGGGCUUUCUCCUACCUGAGAGACCAUUUUAGCCACAACUUCAGCGUGGACAUGAGCCACCAGAUCCUUAACCUCAACAUCAACCUGAUGCUGGGCCAGGCUCAGGAGUGUCUUCUGGAGAAGUCCAUGUUGGACAACAGGAAGAGUUUCCUGGUUGCUCGCAUCAGCGCUCAGGUGGUGGAUUACUAUAAAGAGGCCUGCAGGGCUCUGGAGAACUCAGAGACAGCGUCUAUGCUGGGAAAGAUUCAGAAGGACUGGAAGAAACUGGUUCAGAUGAAGAUCUACUACUUUGCUUCUAUUGCACAUCUUCAUAUGGGAAAACAGGCCGAGGAGCAGCAGAAGUACGGAGAGCGGUUGGCGUACCUGCAGAGCUCCUUGGACAAACUCAGUGAAGCCAUCAAGCUGGCCAAGGGUCAACCUGACAGUGUGCAAGAGGCCUUGAGGUUCACCAUGGACGUUAUCGGGGGAAAGUUUAAUUCAGCCAAAAAGGACAAUGACUUCAUCUAUCAUGAGACGGUUCCAUCUCUGGAGACUCUGGCCUCAGUCAAAGGUGCUCCACUGGUGAAAGCUCUACCAGUCAACCCCACAGACCCCAGUGUUACUGGACCAGACCUGUUUGCCAAGUUGGUGCCAAUGGCUGCCCAUGAAGCCUCUUCGCUAUACAGUGAGGAGAAAGCCAAGCUGCUGAGGGACGUCAUGGUCAAGAUUGAGAGCAAGAAUGAAACACUAGAGCAGUUCAUGGACUCUCUGGGCUUGGAGCCGGAGUCGGUGGACAAUCUGGACAUGUACAGCCACAUCCCUCCGGUCCUGAUGGAGAAGUGUGCUGCUCUCAGUGUCCGACCCGACACAGUCAAGAGCCUCAUCCAGUCCAUGCAGGGGCUCUCGGGUGUCUUCACUGACGUGGAGUCUUCACUGAAGGAGAUCAGAGACGUCCUAGAGGGAGACGAGGCCGGCGAACGAGCCCUCCAGGAGGCUGGCGGCCCUGCUGCAGGCGAGGCACACCCAGCAUCGCAGGCCCAGGCUCUGGCUGAGAUCCGCAGGGACCUGGAGAAGUACAUGGAAGCCCAUGAGAAGGCCAGUUUUACCAACACGGAGCUCCACCGGGCCAUGAACCUGCACAUUAGCAACCUGCGUCUGCUGGGGGGGCCACUGGAAAGUCUGAAAGAGGCCCUGCCCCGGCCCCAGCUCAGCGAAGAGGAAGUAGCAGGGCUGCAGUGUAUGAAGCGGAUCCUAGGGAAGGUGCAGGAAAUGAGGGAACAGAGAGGCUCUUUGGAGAAACAGCUCCGUGACCUAAUCCAGCAGGACGACAUCACCUCCACCCUCGUUACCACAGACAGGGCAGACAUGAAGCGUAUAUUUGAGGAGCAGCUGAAGAAGUACGAGCAGGUGAAGGUGUAUAUUGACCAGAAUCUGGCAGCUCAGGAGAACAUCCUGAAGGCCCUGACUGAGGCCAACGUCCAGUACGCCUCAGUUCGUAAGGGACUGAGUCAGACUGAGCAGCAGUGGAACAGUACCGUCCAGGGACUGGUGGGCUCGUACGAAGCCUAUGAAGACCUGAUGAAGAAGUCACAGGAGGGGAAAGAGUUCUACGAAGACCUGGAGGCCAAAGCAUCACGUCUGCUGGAGAAAGCGAAGACAGUAUGUCAGACUAGGGCAGAGGAGAGGAAACCCGUCCUGGAAAAAGAGACCCAGAAGAAGCCCCCAGCACGACCUACAGCAGCUAAGCCCUUCUUGAAGCCAAAGGCUUCAGAUGUCGACUCUGCCUGCUCUAGCUUGGAGGACCCAGAGUUGGCCCAGCUUAGUGCAGCUAUCUUGGCCUUGGGGGGUGACCUACCUGAGGACCUCUGCAGCCUCCCACCUGACAUUCCUUCCUUCCCCACCACUGCGGCUCGUCUGGCCGGUCAUGAAACCUUCGUCCCCCCUAGUGCUAACCUGGGCGGCAGCAGCUCUCUGUCUUGGCCUGGUGCUCCGGCUGCUGGUAUUCCUCGCUUCCCUGCCAACCUGCCUCCUCCAGAGCUCCUGGCACGGAUAGCUCAGUUUCCUACUUCUGGGGCUGUAGCAGCACAGGGACCUCUGCCACGUGGACCCCAUCCUCAGAUGACUCCACAGAUGCCUCCACAAUUGCCAGGUUAUCGGCCACCCCUUCCUCAAGCCCCCCAACCUGGCCCUGUAGCCCCUGCCCCAGUCCGGCCCUCGACCACCACUGUGGAUAGCAUCCAGGCCCCUAUCCCCAGCUACGCCCCUGCACCACACCACCCUGCAGCCUCAACUAGCUACACUGUAUCCCCACAGAUGGGGGCCUACCCUCAAUUUAUGCCCCAACCAGGAAUGGCCAUUCAUGGCUCAGCCCAAACUCCUGCACCCCAACCACAGCAGCAGAAGCAGCCGCAGCAGUACCCUCAGCCCAUUGGGCAGCCACUGCCUCAGGGGUACCAGCCUGGACCAAGAGCUAUUCCUGGCCCUCACCCUCCUCUCCAGGCCCAGCAAGCCUACCCACAUGGAUAUAUGCCUCCUCAUUCUGGUAUUCCUCCCCAGUACCAGCAGGCAUUCCCAGGUCCGCCACAGCCACAUCAACAAAAUGGCUAUCAGCCCCGGCCUCAGAUAACCCAAGGCUACCAGACUCCACAGGGCUAUGUACCCCAGCAGCACCCUCAGAUGAUACCAGGCUCCAUGCCAAGACCACCUCAGGGCCAGAUGCCACUUCAAACUGUACAUCCACAAAUACCCCCAACUUCUCAGCCAGCACUUCCUGCAUCUCAUCCCUAUCUGCCCCAUCCCAACCAACAGAUGGCCCCUGGAAUCACUCACCAACACAUGUUGCCACAACAGCAACAAAUCUCAAUGCCCCCUAAUGUCCAGCAGAUUCCACCCCACCCACAGAUGCAGAUACCAGGUGGUCCCAGAGCACAAAUGCCCCCCACAAGUCAGCCAAUGCCUCCUGUCUCACAGAACUACAUGCCCCCCACUAGCCAGCCCAUUCACCCAACUCUGCGGCCACAGAUGCCUCUUGCCUCGCAACCUCAUAUGGUCCCUGGUCCUCAGGUCCACCUGCCAAGGGGCCCUAUGCCGCAAAUGCCCCCCAGUGCACUACUCCCACAACAUCACCCCCACCCGGGACAGCCUCCUAUACCAAACAUGCCCCAGCAGCCCAUGCAGAUGCCCAGUCAACCCCAGGCUCAGCCCCCUCAUUCUGGUGGGGUGUGCUACCCUGGAGGGGCUCCAAUGAUGCCUCAGCAGCCCCUGGCACCACAGCCUGCAGUUCCCCAACAACCUCAGGCUCCUCUUCCCAUGACCCAUCCACAGCCCUCUACUAUGUACCCUUCAGCUCAAGGAGCUAAUGUACCUCCAAGUGCCCCACAGCAACCCACUGCCAUGGGCCCACAUGGUCCACAUGUUCCCCCCACUCAGCACAUCAUCCAACCCUCUCCUGGAGGUCCUUCAGUGGCACAACCAUCCAACACUGUUCCUCCUUCCCCUUCGCCUUCCCCCUCCCCAUCUCCCUCUCCAGGUCCUACCUCUCUGGGUCUGAACUCCCGGCAGAGACCCACACCAGCCCCCACCCCUGGAGGCACAGCUCCAUCCACUCUUCCCUCACCCUCUGCUGUCUCUCCCUCCACAUCGCUGUUUCAGCGGCAGAACUCAAGCACAGAUGACCUCCUCUCUUCGAGCCCUGAGAGCCAACCUGGAGGAACCAAGGCCCCCACCAAUGUCCUCCAACCCACCAAAGCUGACCCACAGGAUGGGGAGCGUCGAAAGAAGAGCUCACAGGGAGUUCUCCUGAUCCAGGGUGACCCAUACCAAGCUCCAGAGCGUGUUGCCCGUCUUCACGGUGAACUGGAACGUUAUAGAGGCCAGGUAGAUUCCCUGGAGCACCCCUCAGAGAAUGAGGGUGGCCUGUCGGUGCUGGACGCCCGCUGGAAAGAACUACAGGAUCAACAGGAGAAGGACGCCCGCCAACUCUCUAUCGCUAUCGCCCGCUGCUACACCAUGAAGAACCGUCACCAGGAUGUCAUGCCCUAUGACCUCAACCGCGUGGUGCUGCAAUCAGGCAAAGAUGACUACAUCAAUGCCAGCUAUGUGGAAGACUUGUCGCCAUACUGCCCACGCCUUAUUGCCACACAGGCUCCGCUCACUGGCACAGCGGCAGACUUCUGGCUGAUGGUGUAUGAGCAGAAAGUGUCAAUGGUAGUCAUGCUGGUUUCAGAGCAGGAGCUAGAAAAGGGAAAGGUUGUGCGCUACUUCCCAACAGAGCGCGGCCAGCAGCUCUCUCAGGGACCAAUCACACUUAGCCUAACCACGCAGAAGACAACACCGACACAUGUGGAGCGCAUGAUCAGCCUACAGUACCGUGACCAAAGCCUGAAGCGCACUGUCGUCCAUCUCCAGUUCACCUCCUGGCCGGAGCUGGGUCUUCCUGACAGCAAAAGCAACCUGCUGCGAUUCAUCCAGGAGGUUCAUGGACACUACCUCCACCAGAGGCCCUUACACACACCUGUCGUGGUACACUGCAGCUCGGGUGUGGGACGCACUGGCGCCUUCUGUCUGCUGUAUGCUGCACUGCAGGAGCUGGAGGCAGGAAACGGGAUCCCAGACCUUCCACUGCUGGUGAAGAAGAUGAGACAACAGAGGAAGAACAUGCUACAGGAAAAGCUCCACCUGAAGUUCUGCUAUGAGGCCGUGCUGAAGCACGCUGAGCAGGUCCUUCAGCGACAUGGCAUCACUACCGCCACCUGCAGCAAGAACACCAGCUCUGCAGCCACAAAGCCUUACCCGAGACAGGAGUCCCAGCAGGACAUUGUCCUCGGUGGUGACAUGCCUAUCAGCUCCAUCCAAGCCACCAUCGCCAAGCUCAGCAUCCGGCCACCCAGUGCCACAGACCCAGCCAUGGAGGAGCAGGCCGGCACUAUCUUACCCGACCUCGACUCGCUCGGUGACGUCCAGCUGCUCCAGUACCCCUGUCCCCCAACAGAUCCCCAGCCCCCCUCCUCUUUCAGCCCGCCUCUCACCUCCCCUACCCACUCUCCACCCCCACCCAAUGGCCUGGAUGCUGUCUCCCCCUGCACGCCACCACCAGCCAACCACCAGCCACUCCCAGAGGCUACCCCCAGCAUCAGCCCGCCGCCUGCUUCCUCCGCUCCGGCUCCUUCGUCGCUGGAGCUGCUGGCCACACUGACGCCUGAGGCCUUCUCCAUGGAGGGAGGGGGCAAGGGGAAGCAGCGGGUCACCAAGCAGAGCUUCUUGCAGCCGGCGGAGGGUCAGGGUCUCCAUGGGACUCGAGGGGAGGAAGGUGACGACCCGCUCAGUAGCCUGGACCCCCUCUGGACCCUCAACAAGCGCUGAGACGUGUCCACAGAUCGCUGCCUUUCUCUUACUUUACCACCAGGCGUCAGCCUGUAGCUCUGUCUAACCCUGCUUUUAAGAAAAAAAAAAGACCACACUGAAUCCUGAGUGCGAGAGACAUUUUAGCGGUGUUGAUUACCAAGACGUGCCUGGUGGCGGACGGUAGGGGUUCAGUUUUAAAGUUAGGUGUAUUUCCACUGCUUUAGGGGUGUGAUACCUGAAACACAAACGCACUUGCUUCUCCUUUCUCCUUCCAUCACUGGUGGCUUCUGGGACCAGAUCACUAUGCACUCGUCUGUAUUCCUUCAUUUCUUUUGUCGCUCUUUGCUGCUUUUCUUUCCGUGUCUGUCAUGGAUGGAACCUGUUCUGCACUUUCAGCACCAGAUCUGGGCCCAAAACAAAUCCCAGCAUGCACUCCACUUUCGUCGCUCCCUUCACAGGUGGUCGUCAAGGCAUUGCCAGGGUGUGAUGGUGUUUGGCUGCUGCCUUCUGCGCUGGUCUGUGAUCGUUUUUAAUAACUGGAAAAACGGAUGCAUGGAGUUGCAGGCAGGCCAGAGGAGCUGGGUGGAGCUGUUAAGGACACAAAACCCCCCUCAACUCAAUCAGUGCGUAUAGCUCAGUUGUCAUGAUAACACAGAGCAGCAUACAAAUCAGCACGUCUUAACAAGUUGAUUAUUUUUCUUCAUCUUUAACACUGUAAAUAUCUUAAAUAAAAUUAGACUAUUCCAAAAGUACUUCUGGAAAAAUAUAAAAUAAAAACAGUAGACAAAC